AUGUCUUCAUCAACACGUUUUGCAAUCCCAGCUUGUAUCGUGAGAACGUGGAUGGUUUUGCGCGGAACAAGAUAUAUAUACCACCGUGCAUUGGAUUGCAUUGCCACGGUAUUAGCUUUAGACCCAGCUGUUAUUGUUGUGUCGGAAAAGCGAAGUUCUGUUCAUCAAUCAAAGAAGAAUGUUGGCAUGAAUGUGCCAUCCUUAAUCCGCGAUCUUCUUCUUCUACUAAAAGUUAAUAAACUCUCCAAGUACGCUUAA